CUAUCUUCUCCUAGCAUUGGUUUCACAGCCCUUUCACUGCAGGAUCUGUAACAAAAAAAAAAUCACAAUCCUCUAAAGGAGUGAUGGGUUCCUACAGCUCAAACCUGGAUGAUAUCUUGGAGGAGGACAUGCACCACUGGUACACAAAAUUCAUGAGGGAAUCCCCAUCAGGACUCAUCACUUUAUUUGAGCUGAAGACAAUGCUUGACAUGAACGGAAUGACAGAGGAGGCCAACAGUUAUGUGGACCAGGUGUUCUUUACCUUCGAUAUGGAUGGGGAUGGCUAUUUAGACUUUGUGGAAUACAUCGCAGCUAUAAGUUUAUUGCUGAAGGGAGAAGUAAAUCAGAAAUUAAAAUGGUACUUUAAGCUUUUUGAUCAAGAUGGAAAUGGAAAAAUUGACAAGGAUGAACUGGAAACAAUAUUUAAGGCUAUUCAAGAUAUCACCAGAAGUUACGAGAUUCCUCCAGAAGAGAUUGUGACUCUUAUAUAUGAAAAAAUUGAUGUCAAAGGAGAAGGUGAGCUGACGCUGGAGGAGUUCAUCAGCGGAGCAAAGGAGCAUCCUGACAUCAUGGACAUGCUCACAAGAAUGAUGGAUCUGACAAAUGUGUUGGAAAUCAUUAUCAAGGGUCAGAAGAGAAAUUCUGUCAAUUGAGAUGUGAUUUCACGAACUGAUUUUUGCAGAGUUAUGAACAGUGGAAAAAAAGACUAUCCUUGAAGGAAUUGAGCACAAUUUCUGACAGCAUAACAUUGAAAGGCUGAACAUCCCUUUUAUUCAAUUCAAUUUUCAAUUCAGUUUAUGUAUAUAGCACCAAUUCCCAACACGUCGUCUCAAGGGACUUCACAAAGUCAGGUACAUACCUUCCAAUUAAUCCU